AUGCCUGGCGUUCAUCUUCCCAGCCGUCUAGGCUCGCUCAGACGCAGCGAAAAGAGCAAAGGCAAACAACCCGCUACGGGCCUUCCUUCCAAUGAUCUCGAUGCGGACUGCGACUUUGAUCCCCGAGUAUUCAACCCUUUCGACCAACCUGACAUGUCCCUCACGGCCGAUGGACGACUGACAAAACCCUCUCGACUCGAUCCCUAUUCUAUCGUCGACUCUCCGCAACAGACGCUGACUCAGUAUCUGGACGCCGAUCUCCAAAGACGGAAGACUUUAAGAGCAGCAGCAUCUCGCUCUCAACGUAAUGGAGGCGAAGGAAGUAGUUCUGGACCAUCACAUCGACGAAUUCGCGCUCUUCGCACAGACGAUGGAGUUCCUGGAAGCUUGAAUGACAUUCAACAACCUCCUCAGCGAGGAAUGAGACCGGGUCCAGUGUCCCAUAGGGCUUCUAGAUCUGUCCGUGAAGGAACCAAGGACAUCAUGUCUUCACCACAAACCAUCCGACGAGUUUCCGUAUCCCGUACGCUUGGUAAAAAUGAAGCUCACAUCGUAUCGCCCAGCUUCCAUAGACCCAUGCCAGCAUUGUUGGAAACAUCCGGAGAGCAGCUCUGGGCUACUGCCGAACAGAUAUUGGAGCCGCGAUUGAUCCUGCCAAGACCGAUGUCAUUGAAUGAAUGUCUGGAGAGCCAUCUCCAGCGACGCACUUCGAAUCGAAGCCCAGAUAGUGGGGUCUCUGGUGUCUCCACCACUUCUAAGGAGGACUCGAAGGGCAAAUCGAGAGUCGGUGACCAUCGGCUUUGCAAAUCCGGCCAAGAGAUUGAUCCAGCAAAUAUAUCACAGACAGACCAGCACCUGCGAGGUCGUCCUCGCACGCGACAGAGAAGAUCUAAAUCAUAUUCCUGUCCAACUAGAAGCAGCGAGUCUUGGCUGGAUAGUACCGAGGCGCGACGUGGUCGACCACAACGACGAUCUGAUGAUCGCCCAAGGAAGCGAGAUCGCGCCUCCUCAACUGAGCGAUAUCAGCAGUGGUACUUGAAAGAGAUCCAAGAAGAGCUCCAUGCUCGAGGAAGAUUCGCAGUCAUUCUUCAGAGGCAAGAAAACUUGAAAGAAGAAUUGCUUGAAGGACAUCUCCAGCGUAUCUUGGAUUCUGCUCGACGUGGCCCAGAUCCAAUAUACACGAGCGAACUUACGGCGGACCUCACUGGAGCUGGGUACGAUAAGAGGAGAUGGAUCAGAAACAAAAUACCGAUCAGGAUUCACGAUGUUCGCCAGUUGAAGGCCGUCUCCUCAAUACGGUGGACGCCAAAAACAGAAGCAACAAUGACAUCCGCGCGAAUAGCGGAUGUAGAGGAGACUGGAGAAGUCCAUGUAAAGCUCUCAGACAGGAUCAAGAUAGGGUGGGCCAAAUUCCGGGCGAAAUCUAAUCAGGCAGAGAUUGAGGAUGAUAAAGUGCAUGAAUGUCUUGUUGGAAAACAUCAUCCCAAGCUAUGCCAGGAAAAUCGGUUAAGACGUCAAGUAGGGGCAAUACCUGGGAAGAUUUGUUGA